UCUCUCUCCAAAAAGACUCGUACCAAAGUUAGUCACAUGCCUUAGAGCAUUUAAUGGCUGACACAGACAGAUACGAUAUGUUCAGUAGUUGUUGGACAGAGGGGGGCAGAGAGAGUGUGUGUUGUUCCGUACGAGGGAGUGUCUUCUCUGGCAAAGAUCACUAUUUUCUGUGUAUAUUUAUUUUGGUUGCAUCACUCAUCGAGAUCCGGACUGGAGCACAAACACAGCUGUAAGCAGCAGUAGCAGCGGUGGGAACAGCAGAUUGCCUCAGGUGUCGGACAAGCAUGAAGAACUUUAUGGAAUGGCUUUUCAUUACUCUCGGUGCUGUCGUUGUCAUCUUCUAUGGAGCGAAGCUGCUUCUUUUUACAAGAAUGCUUUGUCCCGAAAGGUGGUUUCCGGUGCCAAAGUCUUUCUUUUUGUCCAUGGGAGAAUGGGCAGUGGUCACCGGUGCUUCAGAGGGCAUAGGAAGACAAUACGCCUUUGCGCUGGCUGAACAUGGAAUGAACGUGGUGAUUAUGAGCAGAACCAAAGUGACUUUGGACAAGGUGGCCAAGGAAAUAAGUGAAUCUACACAACGGGUGGUUAAAGUGGUCGUAGCAGACUUCACCAAGGACAAUAUCUUCACUGACAUUGAGGAGCAUCUUAAGUACUUGGAUGUCGGUGUAUUAGUCAACAAUGUAGGCGUGAUGCCCAGUGUGGUCCCUCGCAGAUUCCUCGAAGGUGAAGAUCUGGAGCAGACAAUCACGAGGGUGAUCAAUUGUAAUGUGAAAACCAUGGUGAAGAUGUGCAAAAUAAUCCUCCCGGGCAUGGAAAACAGGUUUCCUUUUCAGGAGAAAAGGGGUGAUAGUAAACAUUGCAUCCGGAAUUGCCAGCAUUCCAUUUCCUAUGUAUUCGCUGUACUCUGCAUCCAAAGUGAGUAUCGUUCAACCUCUCUUUGGCUCCAAACGUGUUGUUACUCUCAUUUAAUCACUCGUAUCACUUUUGCAGAUAUUUGUGGAGAGAUUUUCUCAAGGUCUUCACGCUGAGUACAAAGAUAAAGGCAUAAUUAUACAGGUGCAACCUUUUCAAGUAGCGGCGGGGAAACAAUUAGU